GGCCUUUCAGUUAUCUCGAUGAUGUCCCAUUUAAGAUAGGAGACAAAUUCAAAGCCCCAGCAAAGGUUGGAUUACCCAUUGGUUUCUGCCUGCCCGAUUUGUCUCAGCUUGUCAGAGAAGCCCGGUAUGACUUCUCACUGGAAAAGGAAACAAUCAAGUGGGCUGAAGAUACCAAAAAAAUCCAAGCUGCCCAGAAGGAAGCCGAAUGCAAGGCAGAAGAAGUGCUAGCAAACUCAAAAUCAGCUUCAGAGGCCAGCAACAUAGUAGGGUUCUCAGAGGGACCUCACCCUGAGGCCAUGCUUCCUCCUAUUAAUCCCAUCCUUACUAGCCUUCAGCACAAUAAUAUUCUUACUCCCACACCAGCUAACAGCAGCAUUGUGAAGCAAAAGGUUCUCAGUCCACCUUGUCCAAAAGCAGACUUCAACCCAGCUGAUUUUGAAUGUGAAGAAGACCCAUUUGACAAGUUGGAAUUAAAAACUCUUGAUGAUAAGGAGGAAUUAAAAAAUAUUCUUGAAAUUCAUGUUGGUACUACUGGGCCAAUUGUUGCCCAGCUGUUAGAUAAUACUUUGCCCAAAGGAGGGUCUGAGUCUGUGCUGCAAGAUGAGGAAGUUCUGGCAUCCGUCGAAAGGGCCAUGAUGGACUUCAAGCCCCUUCACAAACCCAAUGGCUUUAUCACUUUACCGCAGUUGGGAAACUGUGAAAAGAUGUCCUUGUCUUCCAAGGUAUCCCUGUCCCCUAUCACUUCAGCAAACAAUAUAAAAUCCUUGUCCUUUCCUAAACUUGACUCCAAUGAGAGUGAUCAAAAAUCAUCAAAGCUCACAAGCACUUUCCAGAGCACUACCUGUCUUCACGAUGGCACUUUUCUCAGCUCUUUGCAGACCUGUGCUCACAGUAAAGCUAAUGAACUGAAUGAACACCACAUGGUUGGUCUUUCCUCUCUAAGUGAGGAUAGUGGCAUGGAGACAUCAACAUUAUCCUCUUUCUCCCGGCUGCCUUCCCUGGCUGUGUCAACAGUUUGUAUAGAAGAAUCAUCUCAAAGUACAGUGACUAUGGUGCACCCAGACUGCAAGGAAACAGAAAUCCCUGUGGUAACACACCAAAAUUUCCCAGUGUCUAAAGUGCCCAAUAACACCAGCCGUGCAAAAUGGUCAGGUGUCCCUGCUUCAGAGCUACAGCAGGCCCUCUCUGCUAGUGAGAGGCAGUGCAUAGAGACAGUCAUCAGCAUGGGGUACUCGCCUGAGAAUGUCCUGAAAGCCAUGAAGAAGAAGGGACAGAACGUAGACCAGGUUUUGGAUUACCUGUUUGCACAUGGACAGCUUUGUGAGAAGGGCUUUGAUCCACUUCUUGUUGAAGCAGCUUUGGAAAUGCAUCAGUGUUCAGAGGAGAAGAUCACAGAACUUCUUCAACAAAUGAGUCAAUUUAAAGAAAUGGGCUUUGAACUAAAAGACAUUAAGGAGGUCUUAUUACAUAACAACAACCAACACAAUGCUUUGGAAGAUCUAAUGGCCCGUGCAGGAGCCAGCUGA